UUAUUCACAAGUUAUUUAGAGAGCAGACUUGGCUGGAGCUACACGUGCUCUCCUCACACCUUCGCCUCCCUCAACUAACCAACUACCGCAAUAAUGGACUCCCUACCCAUGUCUAUGGAUAAAGACUCCCUUCAGCAGCUCUUGGGCGAAAUAGACACAGUGUUACUUGAUUGUGAUGGUGUUCUGUGGCAGGGCGCUCAAGGUAUGGACCUGAUACCCCGAGCUAGCGAGGUGGUGAGCAGGCUGCAGGCGAUGGGCAAGAACGUCUUCCUCAUCACCAACAACUCCACUAAGACACAAGACAGCUACUACGACAAAUGUCGCUCUCUGGGGAUUAACGUUGAUCGGGACCACAUACUGAGCGCCCCCUAUAUCGUGGCGCAGUACUUGAAGGAGAUCGGCUUCAACAAGAAGGUGUACGUGGUGGGCGCUCCGGGCCUGGCCCAGGAGAUACAGUCUGUGGGGAUCCAGUGUAUUGGAUUAGGGCCUGAAAAAAUUGAAGGAUCCAUAUACAACGCCUUGGCUCGGGGAACCAUUGGCCUUGACCCUCGCGUAGGCGCUGUCGUCGUCGGCUUUGACCAGGACUUCACCUACGACAAACUGGUCCGGGCCACUAGCUACCUGGCUAACCCUGAGUGCAUGUUCUUGGCCACCAACAUGGACGAGAAGUACGUGGUCACGGGCACCAGAUACCAUCUCCCAGCUGCUGGCAUCCUGGUGAGUGCCAUUGAGAAGGCCAGCAACCGGCCGCCUCGCGUCAUGGGCAAGCCCUCCCUCAACAUGUUCUACAUGCUGCAGGCGCGCUACGGCGUUCAGCCGGAGAAGACCCUUAUUAUCGGCGACACGCUACAUACAGACAUCCUGCUGGGGAACGAGUGCGGGAUGUGGACGGUGUUGGUGCUGAGCGGCGUCACCAGCCUGCAGGAGGCCCGGCAGCUCUCCACCACCCAGGACCCACAGAAGCAGAAGCAAGUGCCACUCUUCUAUCUCAAUUCUGUGGCCGAUAUCCUCACCCUUCUCGACGACACUCCCAUCCACCAAGUGAAUGAACAGCACCACUGACCCCUUUACUGCUCUGUUUUUAUAAUAUUUUAUCUGUAAUAAAUAUUCGACAUUGUAAUUGACAGAUAAUAAAGAAAUACAAUGUAUUUGUACAGUGUAAGCAAAUCAUUGCAAAUUCAUUGUACAAAGACGUCGGAAAUCAUUUA